UCCACACAACAAGACACGCCGAGACACAGAGAAGGAGAAAGAGAGAGGGAGAUGGCAGCCGCUGGAGUUAGCAGGGAGCAGAGGUGGAGCCUCGCCGGCGCAACGGCGCUGGUCACCGGCGGCAGCAGAGGAAUUGGGCACGCAAUCGUGGAGGAGCUCGUCGGGCUGGGGGCGCGGGUGCACACCUGCUCCGAGAACGCGGUGGAGCUGGAGGCGUGCCGUCGGCGGUGGGAGGAGAUGAAGCUUCCGGUCACCGUCUCCGUCUGCGACGUCUCCGUGCGGGCCGAGAGGGAGACGCUCAUGGAGACGGUGAAGCAAUCCUUGGACGGCAAGCUCGACAUACUAGUAAACAACGUGGGACGGAAUCUGGCGAAGGCGGCGGUGGAGUGGACGGCGGAGGAGUACUCGCAUCUCAUGUCGACCAACUUAGAGUCGGCCUUGCACCUGAGUCAGCUCGCACACCCCUUCCUCCUCCACGCCGCCAUCGCCGGAGGAGGCAGCAUCGUUAACAUCUCCUCAAUUGCAAGCUCACUUGGAUACCCCACCCUCGCACUAUACUGCAUCACAAAAGGAGGAAUUAAUCAGCUCACGAGGAGCCUUGCUGCCGAGUGGGCUCCAGACAAGAUUCGUGUCAACUCCGUCGCUCCGGGUGGGAUCAAUACCGAGCUGCAAAAGAGUGUGGAUCCGGAGGUCACUAAAAGUACACUGUUGCGAACUCCAAUGCAUCGACUUGGUGAGCCAGUGGAGGUGGCGUCGACGGUGUCGUUCCUUUGCAUGCCGGCAGCUUCAUACAUCACCGGCCAGGUCAUCUAUGUCGAUGGGGGUCGAACCAUUAGUGGCUAAUUAUUUUAGCCCCGGCGGUGCAUCUAGCGCCGUUGAAGCGCGUGUGAGGUGUCUCUUUGAUGAAUGGUGUGUGAUUAUGUCGGUAUUUUUCUUCAUUGAUCCAUAUGGCUUUGGUAUUUGUUCAUGUGAGUUCGUGUGUCUAAAAAGUGGAUCCUUUUAAUCUGUGUUUCUCUUCA